AUGGUGCAAAUUAGCGAGGUUAAGGGCAACAAUCGCGACAACCGCACUGCAGCCCAUACCCACAUCAGAGGACUGGGUCUCAAGUCCGAUGGCACCGCAGAGAAGCAAGCCAGCGGCUUUGUCGGCCAACAACAAGCUCGAGAGGCCGCCGGUGUCGUCGUCGAUCUGAUCCGCGCCCACAAGAUGUCCGGAAGAGGUGUGCUGCUAGCUGGAGGGCCAGGUACUGGAAAGACAGCGCUCGCGCUUGCCCUUAGCCACGAACUCGGAACCAAGAUCCCCUUCUGCCCCAUCGUCGGAAGCGAAAUCUACUCGACAGAGGUGAAGAAGACGGAGAUGCUGAUGGAGAACUUCCGAAGAGCGAUCGGCUUGAAGGUACGGGAAACGAAGGAAGUCUACGAGGGCGAAGUGACGGAACUCAUGCCAGAGGAGGCCGAGAACCCGCUCGGCGGAUACGGCAAGACGAUCAGCACGCUCUUGAUAGGGUUGAAGAGCGCAAAGGGACAGAAGAAGCUCAGACUCGACCCCAGCAUAUACGAAGCGAUCCAGAAGGAGAGAGUCACAGUGGGCGAUGUGGUCUACAUCGAGGCCAACACCGGAGCAUGCAAACGAGUCGGGCGGUCGGAUGCGUAUGCUACCGAGUUUGAUCUCGAGGCUGAGGAGUAUGUACCCAUUCCGAAGGGCGAGGUACACAAGAAGAAGGAGAUCGUGCAGGAUGUCACACUCCAUGAUCUGGAUGUUGCGAAUGCUAGACCGCAGGGUGGGCAGGAUAUCAUGAGCAUGAUGGGCCAACUGAUGAAGCCCAAGAUGACGGAAAUCACCGACAAGCUGCGAGGCGAGAUCAACAAAGUCGUCAGCAAGUACAUUGACCAGGGCGUGGCCGAGCUCGUUCCUGGCGUGCUAUUCAUUGACGAGGCCCACAUGCUCGACAUCGAGUGCUUCACAUAUCUCAAUCGCGCGUUGGAAACUUCAAUCUCGCCGAUUGUGGUUCUCGCUUCGAACCGAGGCAUGUGCUCCAUCCGUGGCACCGAUGGUGUUGUUGCGGCCCACGGCAUUCCUCCCGACUUCCUUGCCCGCCUUCUCAUCAUCCCGACAACGCCCUACGAUGCCGAUGAAAUCAAGAGAAUUGUGCGCAUUCGUGCAACCACGGAAGGCGUGUCGAUUACCGAUGCAGCCAUCGACAAGAUUUCGGAGCACGGCGUGCGGAUCAGUCUGCGGUACUGCCUCCAACUGCUAACACCAGCCAGCAUUCUCGCACGCGUCAACGGUCGAAGUCAGAUUGACAUCAAGGAUGUUGCUGAAUGCGAGGAACUGUUCCUCGAUGCGCGGCGCAGCGCCGACUUGUUGAGUGGUGAGACAGGACGGGACUAUAUCUCAUGA